UCUUGAUCUCUUCUAUGUGACUCAGAAAGAAAAUUAGAAAUUAAUGUUGUUUUAGCUUUUAAAUAAAAUAUUUUAUAGUAAAAGUUUUUGUUAAAUACUGUUAUUAUAAAAUGAAACACUUGACAGCAUGCUGUUUUUGUGCAACAGUCAAUUUAAACAUUCUAAUUCUAAAAUAGAAAAUAAUAUAAAAAUUCAAUUCUGCAUCUGAAACAAAAGAAAACAAAUUUUUUUCCUAGCUGAUAAGUUUCUGUGACCUGUGAUGGUAUAAUGAAACAUUUUGGUAUGUAGCUUAUAGAAUUAUUCUCAAUACUUUCAUACCUGAGAAGAUAUCACUUAAUAUAUUGCCGUGUCUUAAUAUAUUAAAUCUUUCUGAUGUGUCACCUUUGUGAUUUUCAGUUAAAAAUAUUGUAGUAUAUUUGCAUGCAUGAAUACUAGAAUCGAUUAGGAUGCAAAGAUGAACAUGCUUGGCUGGAAAAGAAAAGUCUCAGCCACAAAGACUGAGCCUUGCUGGAGGUCUGGUUAUGUAAGCAGCAUGUCUGCAGGGGAAAAGUGUGUCUUCAUUUCAGAGAGUUCCUCCACUUUGGAUCUGAAUGACCUAUGUAGAUUGCCUAUUCAGUGAUCCAAAUCAAUGAUGAAGGCUGACAGUAGCAAACCACAUGGAUUAGUCUUUUCACCUCUCAUCAUACUUGGCAGCAGGCAGACAUCCUCUGCUUUAGUUACCUGAAAUUUAAAGAAGCAUAAUCUGGAGCCAUAACUAAAGGGGCAGAGUACUUAUUAAGCUCUUUCUAUAUGUCAGACACUAUGCUAGGUGCUUUAAAUAUUAACUUAUUUAAUCCUUACUACAGCAUUUAGAAUAAGGUUUUUUUUCUCACUUUAGGAAUGAUGGAACUGAAGCUCAAAAAGAUUCAGUAACCUACUCAAGGUCACACAGGUAUUCUUCUUUCUAGCUGAGCAACACAAUGGAAAACACAUCGAAAACAAAUAAAAAGGAUAUUCAAGAUGGACCGCCAAAAGAAGUCAAAUUGCCUAUCAGUGAAGCACUUCUCGACUAUCACUGUCAAAUAAAGGAAAAUGCAGUAGAACGAUGCAUGGCUCAAAUAAAGAAAAUUAGAGAAAAGAACCAAAAGUAUCAUGAAAGAAAUAAACGCUUAAAGGAUGAACAGAUUUGGCACAUAAGGAACCUACUGAAGGAACUGAGUGAAGAGAAGUCAGAGGGAUUAGCAGUUGUAACAAGAGAGGAAGUUGAAGAAGCAAUGAAGGAAAAAUGGAAGUUUGUAAGAGACCGGGAACAAAACUUGAAAGAUAUGAGCAUCCAAAUAAAUAAUGCUGAGAAACUAUUUCUUGAGAAACUCAGUGAGAAAGAAUAUUGGGAGGAGUACAAGAAUGUAGGGAGUGAACAACAUGCUAAACUCAUUACCUCCUUACAGAAUGACAUCAACAGAGUUAAAGAGAACGCUGAGAAAAUGUCAGAACAGUAUAAAAUCACCCUGGAAGAUGAUAGAAAGAGAAUAAUCAGAGAAACUUUGUUGCAACUGAACCAAAAGAAGGAAUGGGCCACAGAGAAUGCUAUAAGGUUCAUUGACAAGGGCAGCUAUCGAGAGAUCUGGGAGAAUGACUGGCUCAAAAAAGAGAUUGCAAAUCACAGGAAGGAAGUGGAAGAACUGGAACAUGCUAUUCAUGAGCUGGAAGGAGAAAAUUUGGUGCUUAUUGAUCAGCUGUUCAACUGCAGACUUGUGGAUCUCAAAAUACCCAGUGUUGCUGCCCUGUGGUGGUACGAAAGUGACAAUAAACUAAUGAUUAAGAGAGAAGCCAGACUUCAGAAGCAGGUGGUACAAUAUUUGUUGACUGACAGACUACUUUUCUUAUCUGUUUUUAGGCGACUAUAUCUUGCUCAAGCUGUUGGACAAGAAGUGCCACAUGAAGAAAUGCCUUUGGAGUUGCCAGAAACAUAUAUAGAAAAGUCACAAUCGCAACCUGCAGAAGUAAAAAGUAGAGACUUGUUGAGCUUAUCACUUGGGAGCAGUGCUUUACAUCUUAGUCAUGAGGAUAGCAGCAGAUACGGCCAGCAUCUGAAGAUAGAUGAAGAAGAGAGUUCCGGUAUAGAGUUUGGAGCCUCUGACAUGAAACACUUACUGUAUGAGGAUGAGCGGGAUUUCAAGGAUUAUGUAAACUUGGGCCCCCUGGAAGUGAAGCUCAUGACUGUGGAGAGCAAGAAAAUGCCCAUCCAUUUCCAAGAGAAGGAGACUCCAGUCAAAUUCUAUGAAGAUGUCAGGAGCCCAGAAAGCCACAUCACAUAUAAAAUGAUGAAGUCUUUUCUCUAAGACUGAAAUAUGCAAAGUAAAAACAACUUCUUAUACAUUUCCUUUGGGAACUGAGGUAUAUCAGUCGCACAUUUUAUUUACUCUUUGGUCCAUUUUUAAAGCAGUUGUUAUUUCUAAAGGUCAUAAUUACAUUUAAAAUCAAAGAUCUGAGUAUUCAGCUAUUCAUUUACUUGCGUGGCCUGAGUGACAAAAAUGAAAGUACACUUUAUAUUUCAAUAUUCAAGUAUACAGGAGCAUGACAGUGGGCCAAGAUGGUCUCUGAGGUUGCUUACCACUUAAAAAUUUACUGAUCAAUCUAGGAUGCCAAUAUGAAAUAGUUCAAUUAGGAAUUUUCUGAGAAAAUUUAGAGGUUUGCAUAGCACUGACUACACAUCUUUGCUUCUGAGGGUGCUGAAUGAUAGAUAGCCAGUCCACAAUUCAAGUCUACUCUUCUUUAACCUAACACUAUAAUGAAAAUCAAACAUUUUAGAAACAAAUUUGAGGGUGGUAAUUUCUUUUAUAAAAAUAUUCCAUCAAUAGGGAGGUCCAUCUCCCAUCAGCUAUAUCAAGUCUAAACUGCUGAGUCUCUAUCCAAGGUCCUUACUCCUUCCCUCUUAUUGGUACCACAAGCCAAGGACACUCUGACUGUGCCUGAAUUUGGCAUCAGCUUUCCAUUUUAAAGCUAGUUCUACUUAUAAAGAUUUUUACAAGAAACGCCUUGUUUUUCUUUUUUUUUUGAAACA